CCUGGACCUGAACCCAGCUGUGUGUCAUUAAAGAGUGACCAGUCUAAAGCUGACAUGAUUGGUUUUAAUGUCCAGCCUCUGUCUGCUGCAGAGAGACUGGAUGGCUGUAAUCUCUCAGGAAGAAGCUGUGCAGCACUGUCCUCUGUUCUCAACUUCCAGUCCUCUAGUCUCAGAGAGCUGGACCUAAGUAACAACGACCUGCAGGAUUUAGGAGCGAAGCUUUUCUCUGAAGGACUGAAAGAUCCACAUUGUAAACUGGAAUCUCUAAGUCUAUCAGGGUGUCUGAUCACAGAGAAAGGCUGUACUUCUCUGGCCUCAGCUCUGAGCUCUAAUCCCUCCCAUCUGAGAGAGCUGGACAUGAGCUACAACCACCCAGAAGCCUCAGGGAUAAAUCUCCUUUUGGCUGGACUGAAGGAUCCAUGCUGGAGACUGGACACACUCAGGGUGGAGCCUGCUGGAGUCCAAUGGUUGACACCAGGGCUGAAGAAGUAUUCCUGUCAACUCACAAUCGAUACAAACACAGUACACACAAAUCUCCAACUGUCUGACAACUACACGACAGUGAAACAUGUGGAGAAGGUUCAGUCAUAUCCUGAUCAUCCAGACAGAUUUGAUGUUUGGCCUCAGCUGCUGUGUAGUAAUGAACUGACUGGUCGCUGUUACUGGGAGGUCGAGUGGAGUGGAAGAGUUGACAUGUCAGUAGAGCAGGACUGUGGAGCUCGGACGGGAGAGGUGCCCGUGAAGGGAAUCCUAGGGAGGGAGGCAGUCAGGCAGGAGGACAGGCAGGCCACAGGCUUCCACGCCGAAUGCUGGUCACACUGGGAGGAGACUUACGGACUGGCGAGGAGAAGCCGUCAGAGCUGGCUGAAGUAG